AUGCUCAAAAUUUCUGCCCUCGCAGUUCUCGCCGUACUUCCCGCUUUUGUCCAAGCUCAGUCUGCCGUAUACGGCCAGUGCGGUGGUAUCGGAUGGACUGGUGCCACGACUUGUGUGUCCGGAUCAACUUGCACCGUCCUGAAUGCUUACUACUCUCAGUGCCUUCCGGGUUCAGCAGCGUCUAGUAGCACUGCCGCCCCCAGUAGCACUACCGCUUCCACUUCUACCGCCCACAGUUCCACCGCCGCUUCCACUUCCACCGCCGCCGCUCCAAGUUCGACUGCGAUCGCCGGUAAUCCUUUUGAGGGCUAUGAGAUCUUCUUGUCUCCUUAUUAUGCAGCUGAAGUCACGGCCGCUGCAGCAGCCAUAACAGACUCUACCAUGGCCUCCAAGGCUUUGGAGGUCGCCCAAAUCCCCACAUUCACCUGGUUGGACGCCGUUGCAAAAGUGCCCAAUUUGGGAACCUAUCUUGCUGAAGCCCAGUCUUUGCAGGCAUCGUCAGGCCAAAAAUACCUCGUGCAGAUCGUUAUCUACGACCUUCCUGACCGUGACUGUGCUGCUUUGGCCUCGAAUGGAGAAUUCAGCAUUGCAGAUAACGGCUUGGCCAAUUACGAGAACUAUAUUGAUCAGAUCGUCGAUCUGAUUGCCCAGUACCCCAAUGUUCGCGUUGUCGCUGUGAUUGAGCCUGACUCUUUGGCUAACCUUGUGACGAAUUUGAGUGUCCCCAAGUGUGCCAAUGCUGAAACUACGUACAAGGAAGCAGUCACUUAUGCUAUUCAGCAACUUAACACGGUUGGCGUUUACAUGUACCUCGAUGCAGGUCACGCUGGAUGGCUGGGAUGGCCUGCCAACUUGAGUCCAGCUGCUCAGCUUUUCGACAGUCUUUACACUGCCGCCGGAUCACCCAGUUUUGUUCGUGGAUUGGCGACUGAUGUUGCGAACUACAAUGCGCUCGUUGCCUCUACUCCUGAUCCUAUUACUGCCGGGAACCCGAACUACGACGAGCUCCUUUAUAUCCAGGCCCUGGCACCUCUUCUGACCUCCUUACCUGCUCACUUCAUUGUUGAUCAGGGACGGUCUGGCAAGCAAGACAUUCGUAAUGCCUGGGGUGACUGGUGCAACGUCUUGGGAGCCGGAUUCGGAACUCGGCCUACUACAGACACUGGCUCCAGCUUGAUUGAUUCUAUUGUUUGGGUCAAACCUGGAGGUGAAUGUGACGGAACGAGUAACACCAGCUCUCCCAGAUAUGACGCCCAUUGUGGUCUACCUGAUGCUACACCCAAUGCACCUGAGGCCGGAACGUGGUUCCAAGCCUACUUCCAGACCUUGAUUGCCGAUGCUAAUCCCGCGCUGUAG